UGAACCAUAAGAAUAAGACCAAACAAGACUUAAAGGGAAAAAAAUAUAGUUGGGGUGUAGAUAUGCUUUUUGCCAAGGAAAAUGGCAAGGUAAACAAUCACCCAUGUAAAUACCUGUGCAUUUUAAUUUUGUGAUUUACUAUUUUAGUCAUUUGAGGUCUAUUUAGUAAUUUCACAUCCUCGCAAUUUAAAGCCCUAAAACCCAAGAAAUUAAUACACGGCUCGCGAAGAAAGUCGUUCUUUCGUUUAAAACCCUAAUUUCUCAAGUCCCUCUGCGUUAAUCAAUGGCUGAUUCUAUGAUUUCCGUAGAAAAGCUCAAAGCCUUUUUGAACUCUCAAAUUCACGACGAAGAGAAGUGGGCCCUCAACAUGAAAUUGCUUCGUGCUGCUGGACUCUUUGCAGGAUCCAUUUUCCUGAUGCGGAAUUAUGGUGAUCUCAUGGCAGUAUGAGGAUGGAUGAGCAAUUGCUACGGGGAUGAGCUUGUAAUUCAUUCAGUAUUAUUAGCAUCGCUUGGGGUUUUUAGCUGUUGUUUUGGGAAGAGUUGAUUUUUGUUCUCUCAUAGGAUUACACUAAAUGACGAGUUUACUUGCAGCAGCUUCAGUAUGAUAAAAAAAAAUUAAUCAGUUUUAGCCGUAUUACUUCUUAAUAUGGAAGUGUAUCCGAACCCCUUUGGGAUUGAAUAAGACAUAUAUAUAAAUUAAAUGACAUUGUGUUUGUUGUA